CCACAAAUUGGAGGGCAAACCCAUCAACCCUCAUCUCUGCUCUAGUCUAAAAAAUCUCUGAAGUCGAGGCCGUCGUCACUCUAGCAGCAAAGGCAGCUGAACUGAACCCUCCGCAGUCAAAACUCCACAUCGGUUAAUUAAUCAAAAAGAUGGGGAAGGACGCGAAGGCAGGAGGCAAAGGGAAGGGAAAGCAAGCGGCGGGUGGCAGCGACGAGGCUGGCUCUAAAGGAAAGGGAAAAUCUGGGAAGUCUUCUGAUGGGCUGGGCACUUGCACUUACGUGAAAGCAAGGCAUGUACUUUGUGAAAAGCAAGGGAAAAUCAACGAAGCCUACAAGAAGUUGCAGGAUGGUUGGCUUGAAAAUGGCGACAAAGUGCCUCCUGCUGAGUUCGCGAAGGUAGCAGCCGAGUACUCGGAGUGCCCAUCUGGGAAGAAAGGUGGCGAUCUUGGGUGGUUCCCUCGUGGCAAGAUGGCAGGCCCUUUUCAAGAGGUGGCUUUUGCUACCCCAAUUGGGGCUACCAGUGCGCCUUUCAAAUCCACGCAUGGCUACCAUAUUAUCUUGUGCGAAGGCAGAAAGAAUUAAGACCUUGAUUUCUGACGGAGCAAGUCCGGAACUUUGGCCAUAUGAAUGAUGUUUACUAGUUAGAUACUGGUUUGUAUUUUGGGCAUUAUGUUUAAUGACUGGUGUGAAAUCCUACUCUCUCCUUCUCUCUCAUGGUUGCCUCUUUUUUUUCCUCUCUCCCAUGGCAGUGAUGGGACUAUUGCAACAUGUUUUGUUCAAUAAUAUUUAUAUUUUUCGAUCUAGGCAAAUGAUA